CCGCUUUGUACUGCGGUGAUCUUGACAAGUGCUGUCUGCUGCAUCGACCUUGGCUAGCUGAAGAUGGCAGGGAUGGCGUGGAGGUCAGCGAUUCUUAAUCUACUAAAACAGUGGGGUUUGUCGCUCAAUGGCAAGGAUAAAAUCAAGGCUCAGGAAGUGUCCCGAGUGGUUGGAGCGUUGAAGAAAGAGACUCCACAACCCAGGACGUUCAUGCGUGGGAUUCAUACUGUUACCUUAAUCCCUGGGGAUGGAAUUGGUCCAGAGAUCUCCACUGCUGUCAUGAAGAUAUUUGAAGUAGCUAAUGCACCUAUUCAGUGGGAGGAGAGAAAUGUUACAGCCAUCCAAGCACCUGGUGGCAAGUGGAUGAUCCCUCCUGAUGCCAAAGAAUCAAUGGACAGGAACAAAAUUGGCCUAAAAGGUCCUUUGAAGACACCAAUAGCUGCUGGCCAUCCCUCUAUGAACCUCCUGCUGAGGAAAACCUUUGACCUCUAUGCCAAUGUGCGCCCCUGUGUGUCCAUUCAGGGCUAUGAUACCCCGUACGUGGAUGUGAACCUGGUCACAAUCAGGGAGAACACUGAGGGAGAAUACAGUGGGAUUGAACAUUUGAUUGUUGAUGGAGUUGUACAGAGUAUUAAGCUCAUUACAGAGCAAGCCAGCCAACGCAUCGCAGAGUAUGCUUUUGAAUAUGCCAAAAAUAAUCAGAGGGCCAGUGUUACUGCUGUUCAUAAGGCCAAUAUUAUGCGCAUGUCUGAUGGCCUUUUCCUACGAAAAUGCAGAGAGGCUGCUGAAAAGCACAAAGAUGUGAAAUUCACUGAGAUGUACUUGGAUACUGUGUGCCUUAAUAUGGUGCAGGAUCCCACACAGUUUGAUGUGUUAGUGAUGCCAAAUUUGUAUGGAGACAUCUUGAGUGAUCUUUGUGCUGGACUAAUUGGAGGUCUUGGAGUGACUCCUAGUGGAAAUAUCGGUGCCAAUGGUGUAGCCAUAUUUGAGUCGGUUCAUGGAACUGCCCCAGAUAUAGCAGGAAAAGACAUGGCCAACCCCACCGCCCUGCUGCUCAGUGCAGUCAUGAUGCUACGGCACAUGGGCCUGCAUGGCCACGCCCAGAAGAUUGAGACUGCCUGCUUUGAUGUCAUUCGAGACAAAAAGGUUCUAACCAAAGACCUGGGAGGAAACUCAAAGUGCUCAGAAUUCACAGCAGCAAUAUGUCAACGAGUGCAGGAACUGGUUUAAUAAGACCACAAGUUAUUUGUAAGGGUCACUUUGUUUCAUGUCAAGCUGUAUCUGCACAUUUUAAACCAUGAUAUGUAUUUAAAAAGAACACAUUACAUUACAUUACAGUCAUUUAGCAGAGAUAGAUUCUGGGAUUAGAAAAUUCAGAAUGUUUUUUUUAUUCUUGUCUCUUGAGCAACAGUUACUGUAUAUGUGAUAUGCAUUUUAUUCCUGAACUAUUUAAUCUGUGGUGAAUAUUGUCUAUUUAUUGUCUGAAUGUCAGCUAUUGUCUUAUGUAAUUAACACUGUUAUUUGGACAUAAAAGACCCAAAUCCGUAACUUCCAUGAAACACUCUAAAAGUCAACAAUUUAAACCCUUCAAUGAUUUUGUGGAUAUAUUUCACAUUUAAAUUAUGAAAAAAAUGUGUAAACAUAGUCGGUUAUAGUAAUCUCUAUUAUGAAACUUGCAGAUGUUUUGCACUUUAUUCUUCAUGUCAUACUGUUUUUCUUGCUACAAAUAUAAUGAAUGUAUGAAGAAAAAUCAAUAUUAAAAACACAUCAGAAAUGCCAGACAUUUUAUUGAGUGUUAUGCAAUUUACUUGUGGGAGUCAUCCAUCAGACAGCCAUCACAGCUGCUGUGACGAUGACUCGUGUGAUUAGAUUCGUAGCGGAAGUUAUGUCUAACACAAGUUUUAAUCCAAAUUGGUAUAAACCAUAUACUGAUUACUACAUAUUAUUUACAAAAAUCCUGCCAUACAAGUAACUGGUAUGAUGUAAAAGCAGUAAAAAAUAAAUUGUUCACCAGAAAUGAAUAUGAAUUAAAAAUAAAUA